UAGCUAAACAGUCUGGAUCUCUAAUCUACACUUUGAGCAUGACGAUGGCUGUACGUUAUCCGUUGCUCGUGAUCCUUUUAAUGGACUUGAACUUCUGUACCAGCUUGGGAUAUCUUCGAGAAAAAUUUCGACGUUUGAACGAAGUUUUGCGAGAAUUAGCGCAAAAACUUUCAGCUCUUUGUACCAAGAAGACACGAUUACAGCUAUCUGAGAACAGCGAAAAAGCGAGGCCAAUAUACGGAAUCAAUGGUAUCGAAGCAGAAGGUUUCAGCAGGAGAGCAUCGUACUUGUUGAGUGAAAUUCAAUACAUAGAACCGGAUACUUUGUUUACGAAAUCUUAUCAUCGCAAGUGGAUAACGAACUUCAAAAGCAGGUUGAAAACUUUUCAGUACAGAUGAUACAGAAUUCCGUACAGUUGAAUGCUUGCGGAUUUUUUACUCUGGAUUACAACUUUGUUCAAAGUAUGCUGGGAUCCAUAGUAACGUAUCUGAUAAUCCUAAUACAAAUGAGUCCUACAGCUGUAAGCAGCGCAGGGCGUAU